CCCGCAUAGAACGCUCGUGUGCGUCUGCGCCACAGACGACAGUCCGCUGGCUCAUGUCAGAGCUUCUUCUUCUCCCGCUGAUUCACGAAAAAAAUUGCACAAUUCCGUUGCCCAUUGGGCGGAAUCCUCCAAGACCCUGACACGAAGAGAGUGGCGUUUGCUGAAAUCAUAGGCGUGGUUUUGGAUGAAGAUGCUCCGUCUGCUCCCGUUGGGAUCCCCACCUGCCCUCACACCGCGUUUGUCACCGAGCCAGCUGGAAUAUUCCUGAGCUUCAAGACUCCACAGCAAGCGUCACAUUAUAUAUUUAUUAUUAUUGCUUUUGUCUCGGAGGGUUUAGAUUUCUUUUCGUCUGGAGGUUCGGUGUAAUUACGGCGCUGUGGGCGCACGGGUCGCCCGGUUUUAUCACCUCCAGAGCGGCGGUGGCGCACGGAGAUAAACAAGAGCGGACAUUCGCGUGGCCUCCAGGCAGAAGCGGCUGCAGCAGCGGUGGGAGAGGAACCACAGCGGAGACCCUGGUUCAUGUGUAGGGCUGUUCGACGCGCAAGUUGUGCCCGCUGCGGAUCUCAAGGAUGGAACAUACACACAAGAUACCCAGCAGAUCGCUCUGGCUCGGCUUACUUGUGGUGGCGUCAGUUAUACUUCUAGUGGACAGCAGGAGACCCAAGCCGCCUCGCUGUCCCUUAGUGUGUACAUGUUCCAAAGAUAACGCGCUGUGCGAAAGCGCAGGACUCAUCCCUCGCAGCUUUCCCCGAGAAAUCACAUCUUUAUCAUUUGUCAAGUCUGAAUUCACUGAAAUUCCGAAAGAGAGCUUCAUCCUCACGCCUGCUCUGCAUCUCCUCCUCUUCACAGCCAACAACCUGGAAUCUAUAAAUGAGGAUGCAUUCAUUGGUCUUCCUCACCUAGAAUAUCUAUUCAUUGAAAACAACCAAAUCAAUUCGAUAUCAGCGCAUGCUUUUCGUGGACUGAAAACCUUAGUACACCUGAGUCUGGCCUACAAUAAUCUUGAGACGCUGCCCAAAGAUUUGUUCAAGGGUCUCGAGGCCUUGACAAAAGUAGACUUGAGGGGGAACCAGUUCACCUGUGACUGCAAGCUCAAAUGGCUGGUGGAGUGGAUAUACAGCACCAAUGCCACCGUGGAUCAGAUUUACUGUAAAGGCCCGGCCUCGCAGCUCGACAAAAAGAUCAACGACCUCCUGCCACAGUCAUUCGACUGCAUCACCACAGAGUUUGAAUCCUACCAGUCCAUGGAUUUUAACUCCAUAUCAGUGGAAGCAUUUUCUUUUGGGAAUGACCAGUACGUUGUGUUCGCUCAGCCCUUCAGUGGGAAGUGCAGCUUUCUAGAGUGGGAUCACGUGGAGAUGGUCUUCAGAAACUUUGAUUUUAUUGAGAGUACAUCCACGGUGGUCUGCAAACCCCUGGUCAUUGACAACCAGCUUUUUAUCAUUGUGGCUCAGCUGUUUGGUGGCUCGCACAUCUACAAGCGUGACACGUCCGCUAACAAAUUCAUCAAGCUCCAAGGCAUCGACAUCCUGCGAAUCCGCAAACCAAACGACGUUGAGACGUUCCGCAUCGAUGGCGAAUUCUUCUUCGUCAUAGCGGACAGCUCCAAGGCCGGGUCCACCACCAUUUACAAGUGGAACGGAAAUGGCUUCUACUGGCAUCAGUCCCUCCACCAGUGGUAUCGGGACACCGAUGUGGAGUACAUGGAGAUCUCCUCCAAGCCUCACCUGAUCCUGUCCAGCAGCUCCCAGAGGCCCGUCAUCUACCAGUGGAACAAAGGCACCAAGAUGUUUGACAGGCGCACCGACAUCCCAGAGAUGGAGGAUGUUUACGCUGUGAAACAUUUCCAGGUCAAAAACGACCUGUAUAUCUGCCUGACGCGCUUCAUUGGUGACUCCAAAGUGAUGCGCUGGGACGGGGCCCUCUUUAGGGAAUUGCAGACCAUGCCUUCUCGUGGCUCCAUGGUAUUCCAGCCCUUCGCUGUGGGAAACUGGCAAUACGCCAUCCUUGGCAGCGAUUACUCUUUCACCCAGGUUUACCGCUGGGAUGCCAAGAAGGGCGAAUUUGUUCGAUUUCAGGAGCUGAACAUACAGGCACCGAGGGCCUUCUCUCCAGUUUCCAUAGACAACCGUCAAUUCCUGCUGGCCUCCAGUUUCAAAGGGAAAACUCAGAUCUAUGAGCACCGGAUCAUCGAUCUGAGCAACUGAGCUAAUUUUUCUUCUGUUGCAGAUUGGUUGGUGGGUGAAUUUUGUGAUUUUUUUUUUUGUCUAGACAGCAGGCUGUUGCAGCAGAUGCAGUGCUGAACAACUCAGAAAGCGUUGAUCCUAACUUGAGAACAGCAGCCAUUACUCCUACUGAUUUUCAAACUCUUCUAGUUAAAUUAGUGCACAGUAGAUUAAAGGAUAAAUGUAUGCAUCUCAACCAAGCAUAUGACCGAGAUGCAUUUUGAGUCCAGUGCAUGCACCUCAAGUUAGGAUUAGAUCGCAUAUGUUGUCAAGUCAUUAAUGCAUGACCAGGGCCUUACACGGGCCGUCCCAUCCCAAUAAAUGCAGAUCUAUGUUCACUAAUACAUCUAACACUGGCCAGUAACUUUUUAAUUUUUAAUGUGUGUUCAGCCUUUUGUGUCACUCAAUGUUUAUACAUUUCUAAUGUCAUAUAUUUAUCUACAGAAACAAAUGAAAGUGUACUUUUUAACCUAUUAACAUGUUUAACUGAAGAAAUCUGCCAAAAUGAAACGUUUACAUUUUUCCUGUCUUUCCAUUUGUAAAUGAAGCUUUUAAGAGUUUUUAAGAGUUUACCAACGACCGCGACAGAUUAUUAUUAGAUAAUUGUUGGAGAAUGAUUUGAAAUGAUGCCUUUGAUUUGGAAAAUAUCAAAGGUUAGAGUCUACUUGUAUAUCCUUGCAGCUUAUGCUUUUAUUGUAAUAGUUUGCAUAAUGUUUAAAGUAUUGAAAAUACAGCUGUUCACAACUGGGAACUAUUGAAGGUAUUUUCAACCAUUUUUGGGCACUGAAAUGAAGGAGGACAUUUGUCAUAAUGCUUUACCUUUGACUAAUGUGACUGACUGUGUCAUAAUUAGGAUUGAUAUCAUGCAAUUUAGAGUCAAUAAAGCUUAACAUUUCAUCGGAGUUCCCUGCUAGUGCUGUGUAGCAUGAUAUGUCUUCAGUGUGACAUACUUAAAGCCAAAAACACAACAGCAUAACUAAAGUACUGUGCAAAAGUCUUGAGCCAAUCCUCAUUUCUUUAUAUUUUGAUAGGAAAGGGCAAUUUAUUCAAACAUACAUGGAACUGAUUAUACAUCAAAAGUGGUUCAGAUUUUCAGUCCAGUUCUUCUGUAAUUUGGCACACUUCACCCUUCCCUAAGAAUGGCUUUCUCACAGCCAUCCUUCCACUGAGACCUCUGAUCAAGCUUCAGUUAAGAGCAAAUGGAUCAACUGAAGGGCCAUUUGAAUCUCUUUGGUCCUGUGUCGGGUCUUUGCUGGAUUUCAUUUUCUGUUGCUUAAUGACAUCACACUCAGAUACUGUUAAUUGGUUAAAAAAAUGUAUGCCUUCCAUUUCUUUUGUCCUCCACAUGUCUUAGAAUUUUUCAAGGCCUUUUUAAAGUCAUUUUUCAAGCAAUAACUGUUUGGGAAACAUCUUAUUUGUACACAAAUACUAUUUUAUGCCUGUCAAACUGUGAUCUUUGAAAUCGUUCAUAGGCUCUGUGGUUUCAGUGUCCAAAUAAGGAUGGCGAGGGACCUGCAGAAAGCCAGGAGAACUACUGCUCAAGACUACUUAAAAAAAUUUGAAGAACAUCUGGCUCCUUGGAUGUAAAGAAAUCAGUGGUGACUCGAGACUGUUGCACAGCACUUAAGCUAAAUGAGGCAAACUGUCCUGAACCCUGGAUGUGUAAUUAUGUCAGAUAUGAAAAAAAUAGGAGUAAAAUAAAU